AUAAAGCCAGUCAGCAAAUACGUUUCGAGUUAGAACAAAAUCGAUUGUUCAUUUUAAACACAGUUCAAUUCUCAAUUUGUGAAACGAAAUUGUACAUUCAAAAUUGUAGCCAAAAGGCAUAAAUAAUAAUAUAACAAAAUAUUGAUCAAUUAACAUAGCAAAAAGAACCCACACAAUUUUACCAAAAUCUUAGUGAUAAUGCUCAAGGAUCAGCCGACAUUCAAAGAGGUGGCCAAGGUCUUUAUAGUUGGAUUAGCAUUACGCUCGUAUAUUGCCGAUGGCGAUGGACAGCAGCGUCGCACCUGCUUCGGUCACGAGCUGUCGCGUCGCAUUUGCAUCGCCGCCAAUCGCCAUCGACCGAGCACGCGUUAUCGCCUGCUGAAGUUCAUGUCGCCGGAGCGUCUCAAGGACUACGAUAUGCGACACAAGGAGCAACGUGAUCUCAGGCAAGUGGCUCACGAAUUUGCCAGCAAAAGUGGACGCGAUGGCGGUGGAGAUGCGACGCCAUUAAAUCUAAAGCACAAUCAGUAAUUGGCGAUACCCAGAAAAUGUAAAAUAUAAUAUAGAAAAGUCGCGUGUAGAACUCUA